CGUGUCGUAAUUAAACCGCGCCGCUUGGGUAGGAAGGCGCAAGAUAGCUAUGCUCAAAUAUUAAAGAAGUGGCUAAACUUUACAUUUCUAAAAUUGUAGAUAAAGAUUUCAUGAUGUCACAAUUCAGGAAAAGGGUUUCAGCAAGACAGAGUUCACAGGGCACAGCCUCUAGGUCUCAGCACACCGAGAGUAAAGAUGAAGAUGAUGACGUGUCCUUCACCCAGCCCACAUCCUCACAGGUCCAGAGGGGUCUGGAGCACCUGACUCCCACUCAAGUUGACCAAAAGGUGGCUGAGGUUGUGCAGUAUAUCUUAAUAAAGGACCAGAAGAAGGUGCCUAUCAAACGAGCUGAUAUUGUGAGGCAGGUGAUUAAGGAAUACAAGAAUAUCUACCCUGAAAUAAUCAAGCGAGUCAACAGGACAUUUGAGCAGGUGUUUGGCCUCAAGCUAGUGGAAAUUGAUUCUAAGAAUCACAUUUACAUUCUCAUUAAGAACCUAGAACAUGUGGAAGGGGACCCAGUGGGCACGGGCACAGGAACACCUAAGACUGGCCUUCUGUUUGUCAUCCUGGCUGUGAUCUUUAUGAGGGGUGGUGUAGUGAAAGAGUCUGUGAUCUGGAGCACACUAAAGAAGCUAAGAGUAGAUCAAGGGGAGAGGCAUAAAGACUUUGGUGAUGUGAAGAAGCUGAUAACUGAAGAGUUUGUCAGGCAAAAAUAUCUGGAAUACGCUCGAAUCCCACACACGGAGCCUCUGGAGUUUGAAUUCCGCUGGGGACUGAGAGCCGAUAAAGAAGUCUCCAAGCUCAAACUGCUGACACUUGUGGCUCAGUUGCACGAACAGGACCCCCAGACUUGGGCCACUCAGCACAAGGAAGCAACACAGGCAGAGGGAACAUCGAGAUAGAUGCUGGGAGACUGUAUAGGUGUGUCUGCUGAAUGGAGUCUCGCCUAUCAGUUAAAAUGUGAUUAAAUGAGUGGAGGGUUGUUCCAUGGUUCAUUUAUACCUCUGAAUUGCCACAGGGAUGAGUGAGCUCUGAAUACAUGUGAAUACUUUCUUCACCAAAUUGAUCUUAUUUUCUAUGCAAGUAGCCUCACUUUAAUCCAUUUUAAAUGUUUCUUUUUACCAGGAUCCCAGUUUCUACAAUAUUUCAGCUCUAUAGGGUAUUGCUUAAAACGGGAACCUGAUCUAUCAAUCUUUAGGAAGAUGUGAUGUCAUAUUUCAAUGUCAGUAUUUUUUAAUAAUGACAUCUGUGAAGUUUUGAAACAAGUAUUUAGAACAUAUUCAGAAAUAAAUGCAUGGAGAGAUGUUUUUAUAGGAAAAGGGGCCCAUUGCCACUGUAACUCAUACAGUGACCUAAUCAACAUUAAUGUUUCAAGCUGUAGAACUGUAAAUAUUUUAGUAUUGAUAUUUUUUUAUGUUGUAUUGUUUUUAGUACCUUAUACCUGUGAUACCAGGACAGGAGUUGUAACUUGUAUUCUUCAAUCCCCAGCUUAAGCAAAUACUGGUAGCAAGGGAAAAAGUAAUACGAAGCUUAAAGAAGGGGAAAUUGAGAGAGGAAAAUUAAACAAUUGAGGUCUGGUCUUUUUCUUUUUGGAUGUAUAUACUGUUCUGUUCAGUUGUUUCUGUAUUUCAAAGUGUGAGUGGAAUGCUCUUCAAUUUUUGGUCUCACUACAAAUAAAGCUUCAGACAUUUGGUGUUC